CGUCGCGUCCCGGCUCCUAGGGAUCGCCACUCCGUGCGCCCCGAGUCGCUCCUGGCGUCCCGCGCACCCCCGCCCCGCCCCGCCGCACCCCUCUCUCCCUUCGAGCCGCGCCGAGCCCGGGCCGCGUGGGCUGAGCCGGGAGCAGGUCCGGGCGCGGGGAGGGGACCUGGCCAGCUGCCGCCGCCGCCUCCUCGCCCGCCGCAAACUUUCACAAAGCGGCGGGUCCGGCCUCAUCAAUCUGCAUUAAUAAUAGUUGGUUGGGCCGCGGGGGGCGGGCGGGGUCCCGGGCCGGCCGGGCCACUGGGAAGGCGCGGGGCGCGGGGCGCGGGAGCCGGGCGCGGCGGCGGGCGGAGGGAGCAAGUGAAGCGUAAUUUGAGGAAGAUGGAUGAGUCCGGAGGGCGACACCCCCAGCCCGCCCGCCCGCCCCCUCCCUCCUUAUGAGCGAGGGAGCGCGGCGCCGGAGCCACACUGCGCCGAGCCCGCGCCCCGCCGCCACCUCGGCCCGCGCGCCCGCAGCGAGCCCUGCGUGUCCGCGCGGGGCGCACGGCGGGGCCCGGGCAGCGCCAUGCAGAGAGCGGCGGGCGGCGGCGCCCCCGGGGGCAGCGGCGGGAGCAGCGGCGGCCCCGGCGCCGCCUUCUCCAUCGACUCGCUCAUCGGGCCGCCGCCGCCGCGCUCGGGCCACCUGCUCUACACCGGCUACCCCAUGUUCAUGCCCUACCGGCCGCUCGUGCUGCCGCAGGCGCUGGCCCCCGCGCCGCUGCCCGCCGGCCUGCCGCCGCUCGCCCCGCUCGCCUCGUUCGCGGGCCGCCUGAGCAACACCUUCUGCGCGGGGCUGGGCCAGGCGGUACCCUCGAUGGUGGCGCUGACCACUGCGCUGCCCAGCUUCGCAGAGCCCCCCGACGCCUACUACGGGCCCCCGGAGCUCGCCGCUGCCGCUGCCGCCUCCAACGCCUCGCGAAGCAACCCGGAGCCCGCGGCCCGGCGCACGGACGGAGCGCUGGAUGCCGAGGAGCUGCUCCCCGCGCGCGAGAAAGUGACUGAGCCCCCGCCGCCCCCGCCUCCGCACUUCUCAGAGACUUUCCCGAGUCUGCCCGCAGAGGGGAAGGUGUACAGCUCAGAUGAGGAGAAGCUGGAGCCCCCAGCAGGAGACACAGCAGGCAGCGAGCAGGAGGAAGAGGGCUCAGGUGGUGACAGCGAGGACAGCUUCCUGGACAGUUCUGCAGGGGGCCCAGGGGCUCUUCUGGGACCUAAACCGAAGCUAAAGGGUACUGGCGCUGAGGAGGGGACACCAGUGGCCACAGGGGUCACCACGCCCGGGGGGAAAAGCCGACGGCGGCGCACAGCCUUCACCAGCGAGCAGCUUUUGGAGCUGGAGAAGGAGUUCCACUGUAAGAAAUACCUGAGUCUGACAGAGCGCUCCCAGAUCGCCCACGCCCUCAAGCUGAGUGAGGUGCAGGUGAAGAUCUGGUUUCAGAACCGCCGGGCCAAGUGGAAGCGCAUCAAGGCCGGCAAUGUGAGCAGCCGAUCUGGGGAGCCCGUGAGAAACCCCAAGAUUGUAGUACCCAUACCUGUGCACGUCAACAGGUUUGCUGUGCGCAGCCAGCACCAACAGAUGGAGCAGGGAGCCCGGCCAUGACCAAGCUCCUGGGGACCGGAAGUCAAAGGACCUGAACCUGUGCCUGCCCAAGACUCACUGGGUGCUGCAGCCUAAGUGGACCCCGCUCUGGGAGAGGCCAGCGUGUUCUCAGGACUGCAGAUGAGUAUUUGGCCUGAGACUGUUCUAGAGACCUCAGG